AUGGAGCAGCCCACCAAGCUUUUUCUUGUCACAUUUCUUUUCUUGUUCGUCAAUCAAUCAAUAUUAUCCAACGCUGUUGAGAACAAAAUUACAUACAUCAAUGUCAUGUCUUUGGGAGCGAAACCAGACGGAAAAACCGAUGCGACGGCGGCCCUAACGAGCGCAUGGGCUGCCGCUUGUAACUCCUCCAAACCGGCCUCUAUUUAUGUGCCAAAGGGAAGGUUUUUGGUGAACCAACAAGCUGAAUUUUCUGGACCAUGCAGGAAUAAGGCUAUAACCUUGAGGAUUGAUGGCUCCAUUAUUGCUCCUUCUGAUUAUAAUGUUCUUGGGAGUACUGCGUUCUGGAUUGAAUUCAAGAGUGUCGAUGGAGUUUCGAUUCGUGGCGGCAUUCUUGAUGGCAAGGGGACUGGUCUCUGGGCUUGCAAAGCUUCCUCCGGCAAGAGUUGUCCAACCGGUGUUUCGACACUAGGGUUUACCAACUCAAACAACAUCAAAACAUAUGGGCUAACUUCUCUUAAUAGCCAACUAUUUCACAUUGUCUUCAAUGGAUGCACCAACGUGACGGUGCAAGGUGUGAAAGUCAUGGCUGCCGGAAACAGCCCCAACACCGAUGGUAUUCAUGUCCAAUUCUCAACCGGAGUAAAGAUCUUGAACUCUAAAAUCAGUACGGGAGAUGAUUGCGUGUCCAUUGGCCCUGGAACAAGCAAUUUGUCUAUUGAAGACGUUAUUUGUGGUCCUGGCCAUGGCAUCAGCAUUGGGAGUCUAGGAAGAGAUUUCGAAGAAGAAGGUGUACAAAAUGUGACAGUUAAAAAGGUCACAUUCAUAAAUACGCAAAAUGGUGUGAGGAUUAAAUCAUGGGCAAGACCAAGUAAAGGAUUUGUUAAUCAUGUUGUUUUCCAACAUGCCACAAUGAUCAAUGUGCAAAACCCUAUUGUCAUUGACCAAAAUUACUGCCCAGAUCAAAUCAACUGCCCUGGACAGGUUUCGGGAGUACAAAUAAAUGACGUUAUGUAUCAAGAUAUUCAUGGAACAUCAGCUACAGAAGUGGCAGUUAAAUUUGAUUGCAGCAAGAAGAAUCCAUGUAAAGGAAUAACACUAGAAGAUGUGAAACUGAAAUACAAAAAUCAGCAAGCGAAAUCCCAAUGUGCCAAUGCUGGUGGAAAUUCCCUUGGUUUGAUUGAGCCCUCCAGUUGUUUAUAGUCAAGAUCUCUAAGGAACAUAAGGUUAUCUAAGUGCAAGUAGAAAUAAAUUAUGACCUAAUUCUGAUUAUUUAGGACUUUGCUUAUGUUAGAGGCGUUGGUUUAGUAAUUUG